CUUCUUCCUGUAGGCCAGCGGGUUCUCCAGUAUCAGAGUGACGUCCUUGAGACGGUGGUGUUGGUGAACCCAUCGGAGGAGACUGCCGCUUCGGAGAUUCGCACUCUGAUCACUGACCUUUCUGGGAAUAAGUUGCUGAUACUGAGCGGCCAGAGCUCUGAGCAGGGAGGUGACAUCCUACUGCAAGGUGGAACCUUCACCUGGCAACACUUCUCCGACAUCAUUUCCAACCCUCAAGUGACUGAACUCCUGUCCAAGGUCUCUUCAGAGCAGCCGCCCAGGCUUACUGUUUCCUGUCAGGGAGACGGGGGCUGGAGCUCCCUGGGCCAAAGCCAGGAGCAGCAGUUGCUCCAAAAUCUUCUGGAAUACCGCCUGAACCCCGAACCCCACCUCCCCGACAUGGACGGAGUCACAGAGUUCACCGAGUAUGUCUCAGAGACAGUAGAUGUACCGUCGUCCUUCGACCUUCUGGAGCCCCCGACCUCUGGAGGUUUUCUGAAGCUGUCCAAACCCUGCUGCUACAUCUUCCCUGGAGGCAGGGGGGACUCUGCUCUGUUCGCCGUCAACGGAUUCAACAUCCUUGUGGAUGGAGGAUCUGAUCGGAAGUCUUGCUUCUGGAAGCUGGUUCGCCACCUGGACAGGAUCGACUCUGUACUGCUCACUCAUAUUGGUGCAGACAACCUGCCUGGCAUCAAUGGGUUGUUCCAGAGAAAGAUUGCAGAGCAAGAGGAGGAGCGUAACCAAGGAUCUGGCUCCAGCAGCAACGGUGAGUGGAUGAAGAACCUGAUCUCUCCUGAGCUUGGGAUCGUGUUUUUCAACGUCCCAGAGAAGCUUCGGAUGCCAGAGUCCACGCUGAAAGUGAAGCGGAGCAUUGAGGAAGCGUCUCUUACAUUGCAGUACCUCAACAAGCUUGGUAUCACACCAGAGCCUCUUCACAGGGUAGUCAGCAACACAAUUGAACCUAUCACACUAUUCCACAAACUUGGUGUGGGAAAGUUAGACAUGUAUGUUUUAAACCCUGUAAAAGAAAGCAAGGAGAUGCAGUUUCUAAUGCAGAAAUGGGCUGGAAACAGCAAAGCUAAGACAGGAAUUACGAUGCCCAAUGGAAAAGAAGGAGAAAUAUCUGUCCCCUAUUUGACAUCAGUUACGGCUCUCAUUGUUUGGAUUCCUCACCGUCCAACAGAAAAGAUAGUCAGGGUGCUCUUCCCUGGAAAUGCGCCGCAAAAUAAAAUCUUCGAGGGCCUUGAGAAACUGAAACAUCUGGACUACCUGCGAUACCCAGUGGCUACCCAAAAAGAGAUAUCAUCUGGUGCACCUCCUCCCAUCAUCAAACAGACUAAAAUAAGAUCCAGAACUGACAGCAAAGAGAGUCUCAAGUCUUCGCCCAAACCACACUCUAAAACAACAAAGAAAGAAGCGAGUGGGCAGGAGGAAGAGUCCAAGAGUGACAUCACCAAAGAGAAUAAAGUAGAAAAGAAAGAAGAGAAGAAACUCAAAAGUGAAAGUCUAAAAGCCACCAAACAACAGAAAAACAGUGAGGUGGCCCCUGUGGCAGACAAAAAGUCUGAGAAAAAGAAAAUAUCAAAGGAAAAAACUGCCAAGCAGGAGAAAGCAUCGAAGAUGGAUGAAAAGAAAGACAAAGAGAAAAAAGAAAGUAAGAAAGAGAAACGUGAAGUAAAGAAAGAUGAAAACAUAAGAAAAGAAGAGAAAAAAGAAAGCAAAGCCAAAGAGGAUAAAAAGAAGGACCCAAGUAAACCAGAGCUGAGAAAAAUCACCAAGCCUGACCUGAAGCCGCUCACCCCGGAAGUGAGGAAAACUCUGCAUAAGGCUAAGACUCAGGCUAAGCCCAAGGCAGACAAGAAUAAAGCUGUUAAAGAGGAAGCAAAUGAGAAAAAGCCAGUCCCGAAAAACAUCCCUGAAGAGGUCGCAGCAGCAGCUUUGGCUGACAGGUCUAUAGUGUCCUCCCCAGAGGACCUCACGGAGGAUUUUGAGGCUCUGAAGCAAGAAGAGCUGUCCAAAGUUAAGACUGUGCCUAUCCAGAAUGACGUGAUGCCUGGACAUUCAUUGUACACAGAUACCAAGGUUUCUUCCUUAGUUUUCCCUGAUGAGAAAGUCACAUCUGCAGCCACUGAGAUCAAAUCUGCUUCACCCAAAUCCCCUGUCAAACCGGAAGAAGACAACAAAGACAAGGGUGCAUCAGAACAGGUUGUAGUCACUGAAAAGAAGGAAGCAAGUGAUGGCUUUGACAAGAAGUAUGAAGAGGAGAAAAUGGAGAAAUAUGACAUAUACCCUGUAAAGGACAGCAUGAAAGACAGGUCAAAGAAGAGUGACAGCUCAGAGGAGGAGGGUGAUGUAAUUGAAAAAGCUGAACUUGAAGGAACAGAAGACGAUGAGGUCCUGAAAUAUAAAACAGAAGAGGUGAAAAAGGAAAAACCAGGAAAGGAGUGGGACACCAAGCCAACAGAACAAAAACCUUUAUCUACCACAGCCCUCUCUGGACAGGUAGCAGCCACCGCCUCGGAGCAAUUCUCUUACAUCCAAGACGAGACCAUCCCUGGUUACUCUGAGACUGAACAGACCAUCUCUGAUGAGGAGAUCCAUGAGGAAACAGAAGACAGGAUUCCACAGCUGCGCUAUGAUGUGGGUUCCUAUGACAUCUCUGUCCCUGACGUCCCCGGGACCUUUGACUCCAUGCAGGGUAUAAAAGAGAUGAAGACCUCCGCCGUGUCUGAUGCUGCCAAUGUCAAAUCCAAACCCUUCAUCGGGGGUCAGGAGCCUGAGCUUGCACCUUAUCCUGCCAUCAUUGCUGCUCCUCUUGCAGAGGAAGAGCACAUCUCUUCAGCAACAUCCAUCACAGAAUAUGACAAACUGUCAUCCUUUGCCACGUCUGUAGCUGAGGACCAGUCAAUAGCCUCUGUGACAGCACCUCAGACCGAGGAAGCUGGGAGGAACUCACUCCUGCUCGACACCAUCAACAGUAUCCCGUCACGUGCUGAGGCCAUCCAAGGGAAGGACUAUCUUCACUCAGCAGGAACCAUCUCCCCCACCUCCUCUCUGGAGGACGACAAGUGCUUUAAAUCUCCUUCCUCUGACGAGUACCAGCCCAACAUUCCUGAGAUGGAGGGUGAUGCAAAGAUCAAAUCGGCCCAUGAAGAAGAGGACGAUGAGGAAGACGAGGAUGAGGACCAGACUCCAAAUGUUGACAUCCCUCUAGGUAAACUCCAGGAGGGCUAUGAACAUGCAGCCUCCGUCAUGCUCCAGGAGAAAGAGAAAUCUCCCUCUGCCACUUUCUCUCCUCCUCCCUUCUCUACCACUCAGUACUCGCCCACACAAGAUGUCAAAGAAAACCAGACUCUCUUAAGCACAGAGGGAUUUAAGACUGGUGCUGAUAUAAAGCCUGUUUCACCCCCGUUAUCUUUAUUCCCUGGGUUCGAGUCCCACUCCAGGCAGGAGAGUGAGGAAAGAUGUCUAAGUCCAGAUGACAGCACCAUGAAACUGGCCUCACCCACUCAGUCUGUGCCUACAAGCAGCGGCUACUCUCCGACAGAGGAGAAACCCUUUAAGACAGAAGACAGAGAUGAGGCAGUGACCGAUGUUACAGCUGACACCCAGAAAACAGAUAAAUCAGUCACUAUCUCAGACAAUACUUCCUUCAUCAGCCAUGUGAGUGAUAAGACAGCGCCCGAGGAGUCAGAAGAAUCUGCUGAAGACAAUGAGGAUGAAGAUUACGGUUAUGCUAAAAAGGAUCUACAGCCUACGGUUAAGGCUAAGCUUAUGGAGGCAAAAGAGGGGUGUUUCUUGGAUGACGACUUCACCUUUGAGUCAAAAUCUGCAAAGACAGAAACAGAAGUCAAGGACAAGACACAGGUGUCUUUUAGCACACAGGAGAAACCUAAACCUCAAGUGAUGUUCUCAGAUGAAGACGAAGAUGAAGAUGAAGACGAAGAUGAGAAAGAUGAUGAUUUCCCAAGUGGUGUAGGAUCGAAGGACUUAUCGACAGACUUAAAAAAUGAAAGAGCGGAGGUAACAGAUGUCACUCUUAAAGAGCCUGAGAAAAGUGUUCAUUUCAGUCUCUAUGAUUUUCCGGAGAAGGAGAGCAAAGAAAAGGCCAUGUAUAUAAGACAAGACACGCCCUACGUGCAUGGCAAAACAUUCUCUUACGGUGAUGUUUAUGACAGUAAAACAAGCUCAACGGACUCUGAUUCAUAUCAUCAAGAGUCCUUAGAUAAGACGGAGAAGGACAUUGCAAAGGGUGACGUGGAUUUGCAGAAACAUGAGCCUCCAUCGCCGGUAGCAGCCACAGACAAGAUGUCAGAGAAGGAGGGAUUUACUGUCUCUUAUGGAAAAGAGUCCUCCAGCACAUCGUGGCUUGACUCCAAGAGCACUUCUGCUCUACCCCCAUUUGAAAAAGAGGUCAAAGAAAAGGAGAUAUUUGAAUACAGCACAGGAAGCCGAUUCCCUUCUGUGGCUGAUCGACCCGAGGCCUCGUCCACUUCUCUAUCGUCAGAAAAAGACCCCCCUUUUAAAAGCCAGACUGAUGGCACAAAACCCCAGACGUUCUCCUCAAUGACGGCAUUCGAAACAGAGAAACCUGCGGCCGCAGGCUACGGUGAGAAAGGAGCGUGUUUAGAGGUUGAUAUGAGAAAACUAACAGCAAGGGAUGAGGAGGAUUAUGAUGACGAUGAAGUUCUCGAUGAAGAUGACGAGGAGGAAGAAGACGAAGAAGAGGAGGAGGAGGAUGACGAUGAUGCUGACAUAGGUGGGGUUGAUUCUGAAAUAGAGAAAGGUGCCAAAGAUAAGUCUGAGAAGGAAGUAAAAAGUCCAAUCAGUGAAAUGUUUGGCUCAAAUAGGCCUGAAUUUAUGGUUUCUAUGGCUGGAUACGGCUAUAACAGUCAGGGGAAGCCGAGCAUGAAAGAAAGCAGCUCUGGCUCACUUGCAAAGGCUGAAGAUGAGGCUAAAACCGACUCCUCAUCCUUCAGUGGAAAGCCAAUGGAUUUAGGGGCUACAGGUUUCUCUGGCUACUCCUCAGGGUUUGAGUACUCAUAUGGAAGUGGUGAGAAAGACUCAUUUUUAUCAAGUCAGACUGCAGACAAAGCUAAAGAGGAUUUCGCUUUGAAAUCGACAGACGACAGUUACUAUCAGAAUGACAGAGCUGACCCUGAUUUCGAGAAACAGAAGACACCAGAUCUUCUGAGUAAGAGAUCGCUGGACACAAGCUUUCAGUACACAACUACUGCUGGCCCCGGGUACUCCUCCUCUUCAGCCUACAGCUACUCUUCCUCCACCUCGGGCUCCCUCUCCACCAGCCGUCAGUUUGGAGAGGAGCUGGAGACGCCUGCCGAGCCUAUCUUUGAGUACUCCUCCUUUAAAGAUGAACAUUCACUGGUCAUGGAUUCUCCCUUCUCCAGCUCCGCUGCCGCCAAAGAUGACUAUCUAGAAGUAUCUGAAAAACAGAUCACAAACAUGGUUGAGUCCACCUCCAGUUUAGCCCGCUUCUCACCCCUCAGCCCAUUUGAGGAGGUCAAAUCCUUUCCCUCGCUCUCAGCCGCAGCCUUUGCUGAGGAUAAGAAGGAGCAUACGACUUCAUUUGCUGGAGUUACGGACAAAGGCCCUCAAUCGGACUGCUUCUACAAACCUGAAUGGUCUGAGGGGUCCAAGCUGGACACAGCUGUUGGGUUUGGAGCCUCAGCAGGACCCUUCUCUCAACCUGCAGACCUCUCCAAGGACAAAGAGGCCGCCAGCGCCGCUUUGUUUGGUGUCACUUCCUCACCACGCCCAGACAUAGAAGGCAAGCAUUAUUUUGAGGAGACUGACAGCAGUGAAGAAGAGGAUGAGGAGGCUUACAUGCGUGAGAUGACUCGGAGGUCGCCUUCCAGUGGCCUGGCUGGUAGCCUCUCAUUUCCUGAGAAGCCUGUUGCUCCAGCUGCCAGUGACAAGACAGGUGGUGCACUCCCUGAUGUUCUUGGCUCCUACAUGCCCUCACCUGUCCAGGUCAGCAAGCCAGACACAGCCAACGGUCCCACAGAGGUCAGCUCAAGCUCCAGCCUCCUUGCUGGAGCAGCAGCCAGUGGUGUAUCUUCAGGCCCAGCCAAGGUGGAGCCCAGAGAGGGAGCAGCAGGCUACAGGAGCUCUUAUGAGUGGGAGAUGCCAAAGCCCCAGAUGGGUAUGGUACCUGGAGACUCCCCUCCCCAUUACCGUCAUGAUGAUGAGUUUGAAGAGGAGUGCGAGAUGGAGCCAGAGCACCCUGCCCGCCCGCUUUCACUCUCUUCAACCGAUCAGCCAUUUCGCUCACCAUUCUACGCUGAGGAGUGCAGCCGAGGAGGGCAGGAUGACGAUGACGACAGCGAUCAGGAUCUUCCUGGUCAUGUGUCCAUGGGAGCCACCUCAUCUUACACUAGCCGCACCUCUCCCGGAUAUUCCUCCUCCGAGUGCAGGCAGCGCAAAGAAGACCUCUCACCUUCCUUCAUCAACCCAUGCAUGCGGCAGUUAUCCAGCGAUGAGGAUGAUGAUGAGCAAGGGCGGCGUAGUGACCAAUCACAGGGUGAUGAGCGCGAUCUGUCGGUGAAGAGAAGGGCUAGCAAACAGCCUCAUCAUCACCAGUCCCACAGCAGGGACAGCAGCUCUCUGCACCAAGCUGGUGGUAUGUCGGCAGGGCUGGGUCUGGCCACAGAGGACACACCGCCCACCUCGGUCAGUGAGUCUUUAGCCUCUCAGUCAGACUCUGAUGUGCUUCCAGGCACUGAGGAAUACCCCUCGGUCACUGGUGAAGGCAACAUGGACUCAGAUGAGGAUGCAGACUACAUGCCUGUAGAUAAAUUAUCUGCCACGGGAGGAGGCAGCCAUCAUUUCUCUAGGAGGAGCCAUGACCCUCCUCCUGCUCCCCUCAUGGACCCUUACCCUCACCCCCCACGCCCUGACGUUUGCAUGGUGGAUCCUGAGUCGCUGGAUAAUGGCUCAGUUAAGAAAGAGCCAAAAGCCAAGGGCUUAAAGAAGGCUUCGGGAAAAACCAAAUCAGCAUCGCCAGCCAGACGCAAGAGGUCUCCCAUGCCUGUCAAACAGACGCCGUCUCCUCGCAGUGCCUUGCUGAAGAAGAAGGAGACAGACAAGAGCUCACGUAUGUCUCGCCUGUCAGAUGGACAGGGAUCCAAAGACGACGACCUCUCAAGGUCAAGCUACAACCCUGGCAAGGGGCUGACUAACGGUGUCAAGAGCAGCUCAGGUUCUCAGAAGUCUGGCUCUGCAGCUGCUCCUGGCCUUCCUAUUUAUGUGGACUUGGCCUACAUUCCGAACCACUGCAGUGCCAAGAACGUGGACCAGGAGUUUUUCAAACGCGUUCGCUCUGCGUACUAUGUGGUGAGCGGUAACGAUGCAGCCAGUGGUGAACCCAGCCGAGGAGUCCUUGAUGCACUGUUGGAUGGCAAAGCUCAGUGGGGAUCAAACCUACAGGUGACGCUGAUCCCCACCCACGACACGGAGGUGACCCGCGACUGGUACCAGCAGACACAUGAGAAGCAGCAGGAGCUCAACAUCAUGGUCCUGGCCUCCAGCAGCACCGUCGUCAUGCAGGACGAGUCUUUCCCCGCCUGCAAGAUCGAGUUUUAAGACCCUGGUUUCCGCUCGCCCUCCUCCCGGCCUCACCAAUGUAGAUCUGUUUUUAAUUGCUCUUCUCUAUAGCCUGAUAUGUAGGUCUGUCUCUGCUUUGGGCUCUUGACCGAAAGCAGGAGCAGAUCUGGAUAGCUGUCUAUUUUUUUCUAGAUUUCUGUUCAUUUCUAAACUUGUCGUGGCUAUCACCA